AGAAAACCUCGUGUAAUACUUUAGAGAGUGGAGGCAAGGUAGCACAUCCUGGUUAGGUGACUAUUAUUCUUUGAUAUUUAUAGUAAACUUGUGAGGGAUAGCUGGCUGGCUAGAGCUAAAAUCAAAUGAAACCAAAUUACAAAGCAUAUUGCUCGAUCUUCUCCCAUAUACCUCACUUCGAGCCUGACCUUUCAUCUCUGUGAAAAGAAGAAUGGCCCUUGUACCUCAUAAUCGGGCCCCCAACACCAUUCGUAGAGGAGACAAUUAUCGUCCUCCUCUGCCUAGUAGAGAAGGCCGUCGUCAAUUUGAAACAUAUGACAGUUCAUUGAUCAGCCAAGUUCUGUUCAUCGAUGAAUCUCAUGAUGACCGUCCCUAUGAUCCUACUCCUAUUUCUUUGAAACAUAUUCUACAAGCCGCAGAGAUUAUUCUUUCCCAUGUCAACUCCCCUGAUAUCCAUUCCAAUGUUUCUGGAUCAGCAGUAACUGCAGAUUCACAUGAGGAUGCCUUGGAACAUCAUGCGAGCCCAAGUACCCUCCAUGAAAGCAACGGUGUUCCAAGCAGCAUCUUUAUUGCAAUUUCCUGCAAGUUAUUUACAAAAAAAUGGCUGACCGGGGAAGAUGACAACAAGAAAAAUAUAGCCCUGGGUAUUUUAUAUGCCGUCCACCAGUACGAUUGGCAAGAAAAGGUGGUACUAGUCUUGGGAACUUUUGCUGUGAAAAAUGGUGAGCUUUGGCUUGUGGCUCAGCUUUACAGCACCUAUGCGCUCGCCAAAGAGAUCGGAAAACUCGAGCAAUUACCAGAGUUAUUGGAGCGUGCAGAGACUGAUUUGAAGUCAAAAUUUGAAGCAUACAACAACCUUGUUAAAGCCGUGCUCAGAGUGACCAAGCUCAUUAUUCGGUUACAGGAGCUUCGCUGUGAUCCUUACUCAACCACCGAGCUAGAAUCUACAACUAAUUCAACUGAUGUUCAUAUUGCCACUGCUGUUUACUGGACAAUUUGGAGUCUAGUAGUUGCUGCAUCACAUUUUGUAGGGAUCACAGGCAUGGGUCCGGACUACAAAAUGGAAGAAUGGGAACUAUCAUUUUCGAUCCAAAAGCUCGAAAGUAUACACAGCGACCUUGAGGAGACCAUCAACAGUUUAUUUGAUGCCAUCCAGAGGAAGAAAGAUGAUGAAGCUUUAGCUGCAAUUGCAUACAUUUUAGAAAACCCACAUGUUGACAACAUGAAGCCUUUAAAGGUUUUGUUUUUCAAAGAUGACCAGCCAGCACUCUAUGAUUGCUACAGAAAAAGAAGGGUGAGUAUUGGUCUGUUGAAGGGGAAGGUUGUAAUACUGUUCCUUACAGACCUAAACAUCCUCCAUGAAAACGAGUACAUGAUCGUCCAACAUAUGUACGUGGAAAAACGCCACGAGCCAAUGAAGCCGGAGAGCCAGUACGAGGUUGUGUGGGUUCCGAUUGUGGACACAUGGACCGAAGACAAGUACGAACGGUUCGAGAGGAUUAGAAAUUGUAUGGAAUGGUACUCGGUUUACCUCCCUUCCGUAGUUUCGCCGACUGUGAUCAGGUACAUCAGAAAGGAGGAUAAAUGGAACUUUGUGAAGAAGCCUUUGCUUGUGGUGAUGGACCCUCAAGGUAAAAUAGUGCACACCAAUGCUGUACACAUGAUGUGUGUUUUUGGAAGCAUAGCAUUUCCAUUCAAUAAAAACAGGGAGGACGUGCUCUGGGAAGAGGAGACCUGGAGAAUUAAACUUGUGGCAGACUCCAUCGAUGAGAACUUAAUUUCUUGGAUCACCGAAAGGAAAUACAUUUGCUUGUACGGUGGAGAAGACAUAAAAUGGAUCCGGAGUUUCACAAGGGCGGCAAGAAGUGUGGCUUGGGAAGCUGGAAUCCGGUUGGAAUUGCUUUACGUGGGCAAGAGGAAGGCUACGGAGAAAGUGGUGAAGAACAUAAUGAGAAUCAUUCAAGACGAGAAUCUAAGCCACACGAUCGAGUGGCAAUUCAUUUCGUUGUUCUGGACUCGCCUAGAAAGCAUGUGGGAAUCCAAAGGACAUCAACUCCAGAACAAGCUUAAGAAAUCAAGUCAACUUGGGACGACCGAUUAUGUUGCUAUGAAAAACGACGAUGCCGUAAUGCAAGGGAUUAUAUCAAUGCUGACUUUCGGUUCCAGCGACCACGGGUGGGCGCUGAUUGGGACCGGUUCGGCGGAGAUGUCUAAGGCAAACGGGGAGCAUAUGUUGAGGAGCUUGAGGGAGUUUAAUGCGUGGAAGACAAGGCACAGUGAGUUAGGGUUUACGCCUGCACUGAAUGAAUACCUUGCUGGGGUGUCUAAGCAGGCCCCACAUCACUGCUCCAGUUUGAUGUUGCCUGUCACCGGAGUCAUGCCGGAGACGGUGGCCUGCGCUGAAUGUGGACGUAUCAUGGAGAGGUUCAACAUGUUCCGCUGCUGCACUGACUGAGCUCGACCUUGCAUCGUACGACUUAAUUUUUUGAAACCUACAUUUGUAGAUUAGCUUAUGCUAUUGCUGCUAAUUAACACCGGAUGUGGCAAUAUUGCAACAAAUUAUGUGUGAUGAUAAAUGAUUACGAUGUGAUCAUGACGUACA